AUGCCGACGACGAGCGCAAACGCCCCUCGCCCCAGGCUCAGCUACCGGCGGGCCAACUUUGGCGCGGGCGAGUUUCGCCUGUUGGAAGUUCAACGGGCUUCCAACAUCGAUGACCGCAUCGUCUGCCGAGUCAUCACUGCUAACUUGAAGGAAGACAUCGAGUUUAUCGCCCUCUCGUCGCUAUACGGUGAUACAACCAUUAGCGAGUUCAUCUACAUCGACAACCAGCGCAUCCCGAUCCCCGAAAACAUUGCCUCCGGCAUGCGACACGUACGGGCCGUUUUCUUGCCCGAACCAGAUAACUCGAAGACGGACGUGAACGGCAAGGUUAAGAAUGAGAAGAAGCCGGGCGGUACGCCGCGAUGGCUCGUCCACGCACUACGAUUGUUCCGACCAAUGUUCGAUGAUCACUCUCAGGGACGACCGCUCCGCAUUUGGUUUGAUGCUCUGUGCAUCGAUCACAACAAUGCCAAGGAGACCCAGCACCAGCUCGUCCACAUGACGCAGGUUUAUCGCAAGGCCAAGAUCGUUGUGGGCUGGCUCGGACCGGCCGACAAAGACUCAGAGAUCGCUGUCGACACCAUCAAGGUCAUCAACGAGAUCAUACCCCCCAACUGGGGCGACGAGGAGGACAAGAAGAUCAACCCCCAAAACUACUCGCCGCAGCAUGAAUGGAUGAAGGCUCUUGCGCAGUUCUGGGCCGAGCCCGAGACCACGGAGGAGGCGGUGACCCGCCCGGAUGGUGUACCCAACAAUUAUCAUUGGAUUGCCUGCAGGCAGUUCCUCUCCCGUGACUACUUCAACAGACACUGGAUCCUGACGGAGAUGGGAAGAGCCAAACAUCCAACCUUCUUGGCUGGGACCAAGAUUCUGGGCUGGAAGCACAUCCUGCGAUUGACUGCCCUCUUCCAGGAACUCAGGGACAAGCCGAGCAACGUCGUGCCGCCCCAUCUGGUUGCUGCACUACAUCAAUUUCCCCUCGGAGUCGUGUAUGACUUCUUGGCAGAUUUCGAUCAGAGGCACAAGGCUGAGAAGCUGGAGAGGCUGCAAAACACGCAGCGCUCCGACAACACCCAGUUCACCAGCAGCUCUGAGACAUACACAUAG